CGCUGACUUGAAGACAUCACCUGCACGCGCGAACGAACGAUCAGAAGAAGGGGUUGGCUGUGAUAAACUGUGUCGAAAAGUCCUGAUGUACUCAACGCGAUGGAUGAAUAGGUCUUCAUCUGUUAGUUGCCAACGUCUGAGGAUCCUCUGUAAUCAUGUUAGGAUGAAAUCUACAGGUGCUGAAAUGGUAAUUACUGAUUGGGAUGCAGAUGUAUUUCUUGAAGUAAAAAACAAAGUUGGUGUCAUCACACUGAAUCGUCCGAAGGCACUGAAUGCUUUGAAUUUGAAUAUGAUCAGGCACAUCUACCCAGUGUUUAAGGAAUGGGAGGCUGACCCCGCAGUAAGUUUAGUCUUGAUAAAAGGAACAGGAGAUCGUGCGUUCUGCGCAGGUGGUGAUGUCAGAGCUGUAGCUGAAGCUGGAAAAAAGGGGGAUAAUCUUACAAAGGUGUUCUUUAAAGAGGAAUAUCUGUUAAAUUAUGCAAUUGGAACAUUACAAACUCCUUAUGUGGCAUUUAUCAAUGGGAUAACAAUGGGAGGGGGUGUUGGUUUAUCUGUCCAUGGCCACUUUCGAGUUGCUACAGAACACACAGUGUUUGCUAUGCCAGAAACUGCAAUAGGUCUUUUUCCAGAUGUUGGUGGCGGGUAUGUAUUACCCAGAUUGAAAGGGAAAUUAGGGCUUUACCUUGCGUUAACAGGUCAUAGAUUAAGAGGUUAUGACAUCAAACAUGCUGGAGUAGCUACACACUUUGUUAGAAGUGAGAAGUGCUCUGAUGAAAGACAAAAGGAGUUUGUGCUAGAAAAAUACAGGCAUCAAAUUAACAGCUGUUUUGACAAACCAACGGUAGAGGACAUUUUGCAGGCAUUAAGGGAUGAUGGAUCAGAUUGGGCGGUGAAACAAGUUAAGUCCCCGACAUCCUUGAAAAUAACCCUUAGACAGUUACAAGAGGGAGAAAGUUUAAGUCUUGGUGAUUGUUUGAAAAUGGAAUACAGGUUAACCCAGAGGUGUAUGGAGGACAAUGAUUUCUAUGAGGGAAUUAGAGCUGUUUUAGUAGACAAAGAUAAUAACCCCAAGUGGAAGCCCGGAAGUUUGGCUGAUGUGUCAAACGACAAGGUGGACAGCUACUUUAAAACACUGGGAGAUGGAGAACUUGUUCUUUGAUGUUACCUUGGUAACCAUCAAUUCUAUAGGGAAAAAGAGUCUUGGACAGAAUGAUGACUACACAAACUCUUCUGGUGGAUGAAACAUUGUGAACAGUCUCUACUUUUACAGCAAAAUUCAUACUGUGUCAGAUUACAGAUUGUUUUCUCUUGUUGAAUUUCUCUUACAAAUUGAUCCUGUCAACAGUAUGAUUUAAUCACAAAACAUUUGGAGACAGUAGCCUAGGUCAAAGAAAUCAUGUAAACUUCAUUUUGAUCAACUUGUAGAAAAUAUGUUGGUUGACGGUUGUGGAAGUAUCAGUUUGUAAACUUUUAUCUUCUUGGUGCUUGAAAUUGGUGCUCAGGGGAUGGGUAUGUAAAUGUAUGGGACAAUCACUUUUAUUAUCAAAAACAAAAAAUAAAACUGCUUGUGAAUCUGUA